AUGCCGCUGGAUCCCGCCCGGCUGCGCGGCCGCGGAGGGGAAGGAGGAGGGAAGGCGGCUGCGUGUCCCAGCCCAGCUCCCUUUCCUUCCGGGUUGCCGCCGCCGCCGCCUCCUCCUGCCGUGCCCCGGGCCAUGGGGGCGGCUGCCGGCGGGGCCGCCCGUGACGGGGCUAUGGCCGCAGCGCCGCUGGACCCUGGGCGCGGGCUGUCCCUGCCCCGCGGGGCUGGGAGCUCCGCGGCAUCCCAGGACAAGCUCUUCUUAAUCAAAGGUGGAAUUUUUCUAGGUACUGUUGCUACAGCAGGAAUGAUAGCAGGUUUUGGCACUACACUUGCAAUGACAAAAAAGAAGAACCCAGACUGGUUCAGUAAGGGGAUUACUGCCACAGCUGCACUACCAGAGAGUGGUUCAUCACUGGCCUUACGAGCCCUAGGGUGGGGCUCUCUCUAUGCAUGGUGUGGAGUUGGAUUGCUGAGUUUUGCCAUCUGGAAGGCUCUGGGCGUGCACAGUAUGAAAGAAUUCCAAAGCAAGAUGCAGUCAAUCUUUCCAGCAAUUCCUAAAAAUAGUGAGUCCAGUGUUGAAUGGGAAAACUUACUUAAAUCCAAGUGAAAGACUCCGAGCCAUUUGGAGAUGUCUCUUCCAGCAAGAACAGGAGUGGAAGUAGCAGAAGUGUCCCCUCUGGAAAAACAAAGAAGACUCAGACUGAGCAAGUUACUGACUUGAGUGCACUGAACCUGGGAAUGCCAGUUGACAUCCAGGAGGAAGAGAUUUCAAACCAAACCAAACCAAACCAAACCAGUUUAUACUGUACUUUUCAGCAUGUUUGGUAUAGUUGAUUCAUGAGAAAAUGAACCCUCCAAGAUAAGUUGGAUUCAUCUGGAAAAAAGACUUUUUCAAAGACUUAGAGAAUAAACUAAUCUUGAUUAGUAAAUAUGUGAAUAUAAUCCCAGUAAACUCCUGUCCCAUCCUGCAUUUCAAGAAGAAUUUUAUGAAAUUUCUCUAGGAAACAUGAACACUACUUUCAGUGACUUGUCCUAUUAGGAAUAUAACCAUCGAGUCAAUCAUAACAGAUCUCUUGCUGAGCCUGAGGAUAAAGCAUAUAGUACACUCUUCAAAAAUAAAGGACAUAUUUGAAUUUGCAACAGAGAAAGUAUCUAAAUCAUUUUUAUAUGUCUGAAGAGUAGGUUUAAAACCCAAUAUGCAAGUCAUGACCUAUGAGCUCCUCUGCAGAACAUCAGGAGAGAUCUCUACAAAGUUCACUCUUUUCUCAUAUUAACUUUUUAAAAUUGGAUCCCACAAUAAUUAAUCUGAUCGUGUGUAUAAAAGUCUCAGCUAUAUUUGUGUAUCAAUUGAGAUUGUAAGUGAAAAAGGUAUAAAACAGUGAGACACCCAGUCAGUCCUACGCAAAUGUUUUCAGCCAAGUGUAUGGGCAGAACUAAUUUUGUGUCUCCCAGUCAUUUCUGUGGCUCUUCUACCAGGAGAAGCAAUGUGACAUUUUCCACACUGCAGCAGCCUCAUGAAGCGUGGGUGUAAACUAGAAAGAGUAAUGUCUUACUCAAAUGUAUUUGCAGAACUGAAGAUAUGUAAAACUGCAGAAAUAAAAAAAAAGUGCUAUCAGUGAACUGUCCUUUGUUGCUCAGUUACCAGAUUUUCUUAUUAAUUGCAUGAAGUCCAGUUAGUCAGUUGUCAGAUUUAAUAAAGUCCUUUUAAAACUUG